AACAUCGCAUCAAAUCAGACUGUGCCACAACAAAUGAAGCACAAUUCAAAGCUUCACAAAAAGAGAACAAGGAUUGUAGAAAAUUCUACUAUCCUGAAGGACUCCUUACUGGCAUAGUCAAAUCAAGUAUUUACAACAAUGGUGAUUCAAAUUUUCAAUUGUCUUCCAACAAUCGCAAAAAUCUUUCUAUUGUUGUGAGGACUUGGAUUUUACUAUGUCAAUAAGGUGUCCUUUAAAAGAGAGAGACCUAACAUAUACAGAAAAAAGCCAAAACAGUCCCAACAGAUAAAAGAUACAACAAUCAAUAAUUUAAACUAAUACAGAGAAGAGAACAAAAAGUCUGUUACAAAAUUUGAAAACAAAAUUCUCGAUCACGAAAUGUCGGGUAACAACGAUAGAUUCUUUUCCUGCAAAUUUAAGACAGGAGAGUUAGGAGACCUUGAGGAAGGGAGGUAAAAUGCCUGUUAGGAACCGAUGGACCAGCCAAUAGGCCAAAAAAUGGACACUGAGAUGAGAUGGAGAAUUCCAAGUGGCCUACGAGUGAAAAUAUCUCCGAAUUCUCUCUGAAGAACGUCUAAGGACAGCAGUGGCAAAGUUAAAUGUUGAAGAGCAGAUGUAUGGCGCACACAAUUCCUAUAGCUUGAGCGGCGCCUGCAAGGUUGUGAUGAGCGUUUCUUCUCGCAUGCAGCCAGCCAUCAUACCUAUAGCCUGGAGAGAAUUGCCUGAUUUCCAACCGCAACAUCCAGUCUAGGAAGCGCUCUGCUGAAAAGAGGAAUAAAGACAGCUCAUGGUAUAUAGAAUUAUUGAAAAUAUUAUGACUUAAACUUAAUUAUUCCCUUUUUCAAUCGUUUCACACAGUAAAUAACAUUUCAGCUUGCUUGGACCGCUGGCUGCAUUGCCUUCCAACACAUCUACUAUGCCAGGUAGCGUCACCCCCCAAUGUCUCAGCCUUUGCCCAGCACCUCUUCACACCUGAUCGCCGAACCAGCCAACGUGCCGAGCCUGGAGAAUAUUGCCGCUAAUAACCACCGCAACGUCCAGUCUCAGAAGCGCACUGCCGAAGAGAGCAAUGACCAAGAGGCUCCUGCUAAUAAGAGGAUCAAAGACAGCUGCGCCACGUCACAACAUUGUGCCACUGUGCUCGCACCUCCUGCUGCAUUGACUUCCUGUAAAUUGAAGAUGGGCAACGUCGAGGAAGGGAGGCACGAAGACAAAGGAAUAAAGGACACAGAUCAGAUGGCCUCGGAGCUGUGAAGUGGAACCGCCUCUGAAUGCAGCACCUGCAAGGUGGUGGCAAGCGUUUCUUUUGUCAACUGCAGCAGCAGCUAGCCAUUGUACCUAGCCUUAAUGUUUUAUUCAAAUUAUUCACAUAUAUGUAUCAUAAUAAUAUAAAUAUACAUAAUAUUGCUUUUGCAAGUUAAAUUUAAAUUGAAAAUAUAAAAA